CAUGUUUCGUCACCAUCUCCAACAACAAAAAAACACUUGAAACUUGAAAUCAUCUCUCUCUCUCUCUCUCUCUAGAAGAAUCUCCGUUUGCACAGAGUUCCUCAAAUCCUUACUUUUUGACAUGCAUCCUUUACUGUCACACUUCUACUCAACGCUAUAAGUAAAAGAUUCUUUUUUGAAGAGUUUCAAAAAGAGAAAGAAACGAAGGAAUGGAGCGACGGGUGAUUAUAGUGUGCUGUGUUGUGGGGUUUCUUGGGCUAUUAUCUGCUGCCACAGGCUUUGCCGCAGAGGCUAAGAGGGUUAAGGGUAGCCAAGUCACAUUUCCAUCCCCUUCUUUUUGUGUAUAUCCGAGGAGUCCUGCACUAGUCCUCGGGUUAACUGCAGCUGUUUCUCUCAUGAUUGCUCAAAUUAUCAUCAAUGUUGCAACUGGAUGCAUGUGUUGUAGGAAAGGCUCUCAUCAAUCUAGCUCUAGAUGGAGUAUAGCACUCGUGUGCUUUGUUGUCUCUUGGUUCACCUUCGUCAUCGCAUUCCUUCUAUUACUCACCGGUGCGGCUCUCAAUGAUCAGCAUGGCGAGGAGAACUUAUACUUCGGCAGUUACUACUGUUAUGUUGUGAAACCAGGCGUUUUUGCUGGAGCUGCGAUCCUGUCGCUCGCCAGUGUGACUCUAGGGAUCUUCUACUACCUCACCUUAACCUCCGGUAAGGAGGGUAACGAGGCGUGGGGCUCACAUGUUCCUCCCAGUCGAGGCGCGAUCGCCAUGGGACAACCUCAAUUCCCUCCACACAACACGGAGGCCCCGCCCGUCUUCGUGCACGAGGACACGUACAUGAGGCGGCAGUUCACGUAGCCGGCAUGGCUCUUGAGCUCGGGAUAGACGGCUAUGUGGUUGAGGGUUCUUGUAGGAGAAAGAAAGAAACAAGAGGGGCUGUAAGAAGUGUCUUGACUGUGAUUACCUUUUCCUUUUUCAUUUCAUUUCUUACUCGAGGGAGUCUGUUAUCACCUGUUGAUAAUGAAUACAAGUAGUUAUGUUUGUUUAUUAAUUUCAAGAUUGCUUCUAGAA